AUUAUAUUAGAGAAAGAAAGAGAUCAGCACAGAGAGAGAAGAGUUGGUGUUUUUUUUUUUAUUAAUAAAAAAUGAAUUGGUUGAUUUUCUUCUUGUUCUUCAUCAUUAUUUUCUUCUUUUUCUUCUUCUUCUUCUUCUUCUACGGCGUGAGAGAUGUUGUGAACAAGAUCCGCUUCUGGUUGCUCAUAAACGUGUCAAUCCCAGCAAUAGUGAAGGUCCUCUCUCACCUGCAAGGGUGUAUGUAUAAACUAGACUCCAAAUUUAUGAAAGUCCUCAAUGAGAUCGACAAUGAAGAAAACCAGACGUCGAAAACACAAGCAAUCAUGUUCAAAAAUAAAAAAGCGAACCUGAUCGUGGUGGCAUUCAGAGGGACCAACUCGUUAGAUGCCGGGGCGUUGAUCACAGAUUUAGAGUCAGAAUUGUACGAAAUUAAAGGCCACAAAAAAAUGGAGGGUAGGGCGCACCUAGGCUUCAUGAAAGCUCUGGGCCUAAAAAAGGACUUAGACUGGCCCAAGCCCGAGGAAAUCACCGAUGUAGAUUACUUAAGCCAACAUCCAGCGUAUUAUGAGAUAAGAGAGAGGUUGAGAAAGCAAUUAUUGGAGGACGAGGAAGGAAAGACAAAGUUUAUAGUGACAGGACACAGUUUGGGGGGUGCAUUGGCAAUAUUGUUUGUGGGUUUGUUGGGGUACCAUGAGGACACGUUGCUGUUGGAAAAAAUGGAAGGGGUGUACACAUUUGGGCAACCUAGGGUUGGAGAUGACAAGUUUAAAGACUUCAUGAACAGUACUAUAAAAAAAUACGGUGUGAAAUAUUUGAGGUAUGUCUAUUCCAAUGACGUUGUAACCAGGGUGCCAUUUGAUGUUCAAAUUUACCCGUAUAAGCACUUUGGGGAGUCCUACAUCUACUUUGAUUGCUUUUAUCGAGGCCGGGUCGAAAGUGAGGAAAUCAAUAAGAACUACUUUGCGUUGAGGUGGCUCAUACCAAGUUACUUGAUCGCAAUUUGUGAGCUGAUUAGGAGUUUUGCUAUCCACCACAUCGACGCGUACGGUGGAGACUACAAGGAAGGCUGGCUUAUGAUAACGCUAAGGUUGCUGGGUUUGUAUUUUCCAGGAUUAUCAGCUCAUACGCCUCAAGAUUAUGUUAAUAUCAGCAGAUUGGAAAUCUCGCCUCCUAGGAGCAACUCCAAUAGGCUCUUUAAAAGAGGCAUGCUGGCUAUUAUAGCUAGUUUCGUUUUAUUUUACCUCAUUCAAUGGACUAACUACUACACUAAUCAUUUUAACAAAAAAAUUUAAACUAGCUAUAAUUGGAGAGCUUUGAGAGACUCUUUAAACAGUGUGUAUUAAUAGAUAGAUAAAAUAAAGAGUAACGUUAGAAUUGCUCUAAUUUCCAAGACAUAAUUCAUGACCAUCAUUAUAAAUGUGACUGGGAGAUUGUCACACCAUCCAAUCUAUCUCUAUUAUAAAUAUAAAAAUAAAUUAUUGUAUCCCUUUAUUUAAAAAUAAUCUGUUUGUUUCAAAAGUAUUGGCUUGUAUUGUAUGUAAAAUUAGUUUUUAUUGGUUUGUAUGUAAUAAAGAAAUUUCCAUCAAUAAAAUGUCUCUUUUGUUUA